GUUCAGGCAUUCCAAAGUUGAGCACUUCGCUUGACGAAAGCCAACUUAGUCAAGUGCGGGAAUGUUUACCAAGCUUCGCAGACAACACAAAAAAAUUGACGGUCUCAAAAUAAAUGAACCUGGAUACGAUAUAAAACAGCUUAUACUAAAAUUACGUGUAACCGUGGACCGAUUAUGAUGAAAUUACUAUGUAGUUAAAAUGUAGUUUGGAUGUUUAGUCAAACAUCGAAACAGAAGAGAAAUGGAACGUGUAAAACAAUAAGUGCAAAUGCAAAUGCUUGCAACGCAGAUUGGAGCGGACUAUUUACCUGAACGGAUGAACGUAAAAAAUCCGUUACCCAAUGGAUUAAUGAAAUUGUACUGUUUAAUAGAUCAAUGGUUGUUGCAAAAAUACAAGCAAGAAGGCUGGAAAACAUUCAUGUUUCGGAAAAGUGGAGAUCGAAGUUGAAAGUUGGCCACUCUCGUUAUCCGUUAGAUCAUAGCUCGUUCCGGAAUCCAACACAUUACACCCCACGCUCGUAAUCCAGCAGUGCUUCCGAAUGAAAUUUAGUCCAUUUGCCAUAGACAAGUGCCAAACAGUGCUGAGCAGCACGAAUCCAUUAGACCUGAAAAAACUGAUAGCGACGGUGCGUCUUCGAUAGCAAUAACCGUGGACGGACGACGGCCGGAGCCCCAGCAUCAUGUCUGGAAUUUUCAAAUACACACCCAACAACAGGACAGCGUCUUCUACGCCGAACCGACGAUCGGUGUUCGGGACGGGUUUCGGAAGUCCUGGCUUACAUCAAGAUGCUACUAUGGACAACUCAUAUGCGAUGCGAUUCCGUUCUCCAUCAAUAAACGUUCUAACUGAACAUGGAUCACCCGUUCGUUCGUUACGCGAGAUCGAGGACGAAUUGUCUUCGCUGCGCAAGGAGAAGUUCAAUCUUAAACUGCGCAUAUUUUUCCUUGAGCAGCAGGCUGGUAUUACCACAGAGAACAGCGACAUAGCUAGCCUGGGUGUGACGGCUUCUUCUUCUGGGACGUCACGAGAAGGAAAUUAUGUAAAGCAAAAUAUUGAUCUAAAGGUGGAAGUAGAAUCAUUACGCCGAGAGCUGCAAGACAAGCAAGAUCUACUGUGCCAGGCGGCCAAAGCGAUCGAAGUACUCGAAGAAGGCCACCGUCGAACGGAGGAAAAACACCGGGAAAUGGUGAGCGAUCUUAACAAUCGCAUUGAAAUCCAUCAGCUCGAGAUUAAGUCCCUGGAGAAAGUGGCGGCUGAAUUGCAGCAUAAACAUCGCGAGUUGCUGCAACUUUCUUCAAACCGGCAAACCACGGAGAAUGAUACCGAACAAGGACAAUGUGAUGAUAUCGUUCUUGUUCACGAGCCAGGCAAAGUAGAAGAAAACGUCGGCGAAAGCCUACUGGACUUCCUCGAUGCUGUGCAGCAUAACAGCGAACUGGGCGUACAAGACAAACUCAAAGCCCUCGAGAUGGACAAUAUUUUGCGACAGUGUCAGGAGCACAAUGUAGAGCUAAAGCGCGAAACGGAACAACUGAAGGAGGUAUUAAAUCGUAAAACGGAAACCAUUGCACAACUUGAGACAGAGGUGAAUGAAUUGCGAUUUGAAAAUGCGGAACUCCGGGAAAAAUUGGAGGAGAAUGAUAAAUCGCCAGCUGAUGCAGAGAUUGAAAGGCUUAAGAAACAAAUCUUCGACGUUCGAUCAGAACUGGCGGAGAAGCUCUGUGUGCUGGACGAAACCGAGACAAAACUGAAGGACAAAACGACAGAGCACAUGAAAUCUUGUCGAAUGGUAGAAAAACUAGUUAAAACGAUAACCGAACAGGAUAGGGAGAUAGCCAAAAUGAAGCGAAACUCGAAUAUAUCGCUUCCUUCGGAGCACGGAUCGGGUGCGCGGUACGAGUUGCCAGAAAUACUUGAUCAGGAUCGCAAACCCAUUACCCAAAUGGAAUACGAUUCUUUGGUGCAACGCGCCAAGCUGCUGCAGCAAAAGAAUGACACGUUAAUUCAGAAGCUAUGCAGCAGUGGAACAGGUGAUCACCGGAAUGAUCGUAACAUCAUUAUCAAACAGCUGAACGAUGAGCUUAUUCAGGCCCGCGAAGAAGCUGAAAAGGCACAGAAAUGGCGUAAAGAAUGUGCAGAUCUCUGUGCCGUUUCAACACUCCGCUUAGAAGAGCUGGCAGGUUUUCUUGAUUCGCUAUUGAAAAACAAGGAGUUGGUUAGCUCGCUCUCCACUGAUCGUCGCAAAGCCAUUCGCAAAGCAGUCGAUCGGAGUUUGGAUCUGUCGCGAAGUCUAAAUAUGUCCAUUUCCGUGACGGGAUUUUCCUUGCCUGGCAACAGUCUCGCUCAACUGAGUUGCCUUUCGGGAUACCUACAUAGUUCCUUGGCGGGAACCGAAUUUGCUGUGGAAGAUCGCGAUGGAUAUGACAAUGAUAAGGAAAAUUUGGCUGAAAAUCCCAUUUCAAAAUCUGAGUAUUCUAACCAAACGCGAAACAUGAUCGAAUCACUGAAGGCGGAAAACAAAGCGUUACGAGGUGAAUUACUAGAGCAACAACAGCAGCUUCAACAGCGAACUAAGCGCCGCGAAAGUAAGGAACGUAAGUCGGUUACAGUAGACCCCAUUUCGGACUCGGAAGCCUGGUCUGAGCCUGAUCGCGGUGUUUCACUGGCCCGAAUUGGGCUUGAGGAUCGGUCUACCCUGGGUCAGAAACUGAGCCCUCCAGGCACAUUAAAUACCUCCACCAGCGCUGCCACUGGUGCCAUAAUGGAGUUAAGCUCAACAUCGGACAACGAGUUGACUGCCGCCGGGAUAACGAAUGCUGUCGGGCGCAAAACAAAUACCGUUGCUACGGUCACAGAACUGAAACAAUUGCAAGAGACGGUAACGGUUCUAAAUGCUGCACUCAGUCACAGAGACAGUACACUACUUGACGUCCAGAGCCGCAUGGUAGAUCUAGAUAACAAGCUCCAGCAAGAACGUCUCAGGUUUGCGAACUUGGAGUCCGACGUUCACGGAAGUCGCCUGCAAACCGUGCGUCUGGAACAGGAGGUGAAGGAAUCGAAAGAACAAGUCGAAACGGCCACUGAAAAAUUGCAGCUUCUUGAAAACGAUAUUCGCCAAAAAGAUGAGCUCAUUGUGAAACUAAGACGUGAGCGAGAACAAGCGUUCGUCGACUUGAGGGUGGCCGUCAUGAAACUCGAUACGAUGCGCUGCGACUACGAGGAACUGCAGCUACGGCACAAGGCUGAAUUGGAGCAAAUGCUAGCACGCGAGCAAAAACAACUCGACGAGCUACGCACUAACCUUAAUAAUGCAUUCCGAGAUGAACUAGACCAUAAGCAGCGAUCAUUCGAUGCCGCACUAGAGAACAACUACAUUUCCAAGAAUAUUCACCAGGAGAAGCUACGCGAGCUUGACGAACUGCACUUUCGACUGGAAGACGCCCACAAUGAUCUGUCCUCGAUGGCGCAGGCAGAGGAGCGCGCCCGCGAGCAGCUGGCUAGUUGUGAACGAACCGUUGCAACAAUGAAAAAGAAUCUCGAUGAUGCCACUCUGCAAGCAUCGAAGGCAGCCAUUGAGCGGACGAAAGCGUUGGCCGAGAAGCGACAACUUGAAAGUGAUCUAGGGCGCGUUCAACGAGAUCUGGAGCAGUUGAAGACCGACAAGAACGCACUGAACGAGCAAUUGGCUACAUUGCAAACGGUCACAACAGCGAUGGAUACAUCCACUACGGCCCGUGUGCUUGGUCAUGCCGAACCCAGUGGCAGCAAUAUCGAGAAUGCGCUACAAGGAUGCUUUUCGGCUUCCGCUACCGAAGACGAAGAGGCAACGGUGGGCCGAAGACAGUUGGAAAACUCGUCUCCCGAUCUAGGCAUAGAAAGUGACCCUGGUCGGUUGUCAAACAUGGAAAUGGCGGGAUCAUCCAAUUACAACUCGGAUGCCUUAGCGCAGCAUCGUCAGCGACCCUUGCUCAAAACUCUGGAGCUUACGAAAUCGAUGUCAAACUUGCUGUUGAACCCACCGAUGGAAGUCAAAAAUGAACACGGUUCACCGAAUAAGAGUGCAGAGCAAGAUGCCGAAACUUUGCCGACCGAUGCAACAACCGUAGUAAAGCACGACUGCGCUAAAAUCGAAGCGGACUUUGCCGAAUUAAAACGUCGGUAUAAAGUUACGCGUCGCUAUUUGGACCAGGCGUACGACAAUAUCAAAUCGGCGAACAAACGCAAGGAGCAGCUCGAGGUUGACAUUAAACAUCAGAUCCACAAGACGCGAGCAGUUCUCAAAACUGUACACAACAACAUGGAGCAGCCCAGACACUAAAACCGGUUAAUUCAUGUUGCGAUUUUGAUUUCAAACUAAUGUUUUUUUCUCUGCUGACAAUCCAACAUGCCUCAUUUCAAUGAUUGAAACACCAGGCUGAAUCGAGCAACAAUUAAACUAAAGCAAGGUGGUGUAGAAAUACGAGUUUAUAAAGGAAUCAUUGCAGUCAGUUUGAAAAUAAGGCAUGUUGCUGGGAGGCGGCUGUAUGAAUAUUGUACAUUUCAUUGUAAUGAACUUAUUAUCUUUACAUUUUGUUUUGAUCCUUGUGAACCAGUCUGAUAUUUAAGUGAAGUAACUAGUUUGGGAAGCAUAUGUUGGAUUCGAUUAGGAAGGUCCUGCGGUAAUAGCUGGAGAGAUAAAUUAUUUUUAAACGAAACAAUAAAAAACCUAACCGUUUUAGAAGAACAUUGUGACGCAGGAAAUGUGCGUUUUUUUUAUUUUUUAUUAUGACGUGUUUGAUUUUUUACGAUUUUACGUACGAUUUUUUUAAAUAUUUUGCCUAAUAUAUAAGCAAAAAAAUAGUGGCCGAACAACAUUUAAGAAAUUAGAGAAUGAUUUUAACUUUACUAAUUCCAGUAGUGACGAAUUAGUCUAGGAGACCUGCGUUAUAUUCGUUCCGGUUGACCAGACUCGAAAGUACAGUCGUGCCCCCCCACAAUGGUUCACCCAUUAGUGAUGAUGCAGAAAUUUUAACGAAAAUCCCUCUCAUACCUAAAUCACAGCCACAUCACCUCGGCCAGCUUCGAAUUCAAUGCACAAAUUGUUUUAUCUUUUGUAUAAAUCGUAACAUAAUUGAGAUGCACUUGAAAAAUCGAACAUCGUAAACAAGUUAAAAAACGACCAUGGUUUCAAAGUUCAAAGUGGAAGUUUCAAAAACAACUACCAACUAAACAACAAAAAAUCCUUAUUAGAAUUUAAAAAUCAUCAAGUUUUGGAACUUUGACAUGUCAAUAAGAACGGCGUUUUCAUGAUUGACACUCUAGUUUAUUGAAAUCAAUUUUAUACAUAUUUAUUCUUUCAUUUUUUCCUACAUUCGUUGCCUAGUGGUUUGGAUUUUUGGUGGUACUGCCUAGAAUGAAUGUUACAGGUUUAGUAACUUUACGCUACAUGAAUCACAAAUCUUCGUUGAACUCCGUGAAAUAUCAAUUAUAUUGUCUGUAUUUUCUUUGGGGUCCGUAACAUGCUCGAUUACCAAUAUUUUCCGUGGCCAUGAAUACUCAAGAUGAUCUGCUAGGUGAAGACCAACCUUUGCAUUCUUUUUUAAAUAUCUUUGACCGAACGGUACGAACGAUACAAAUCUACUUAAAUAAACGCAUUCACUGACUUGUUUGUUCAACUCUCGAAUGUAUCUA